GCGCACGCACGCACGGGGCCAAAAUCUACUCGCGCGACCCAAUUCUCGCCUUCUCCAGGGGCCCACCCGCAAAAAGGACACCACCGCCGCAGCCCAAGCCCACCACCACCACCGCCGCCGCGCGGACCAACCAACCAAUCACUCGCUCGCCGCCGGCCAUGUCCGCCGCCGCCGCCUCCUCCGCGGCGGGGGACUCCGCCAAGCAGCCGCUCCUCCACCACCAGCGCGGGAACCCUCCCCACGUCGCGUCGGUCUCCUCCCCGUCUCUCCCCUCGGCUCCCCCGGGGGCCCUCGCGGGCGGCCGCCGCUUCCCCGGCGGCCUCGACGUCCCCAACCUCAAGAAGCGCGGCGGCGGGACGCGGAGCUGGAUCCGCGUCGAGGCCGCCACGGCGUCCGUGCAGACGCUGGAAGUGGACAAGGCCACCAUGAUGCGGCGGUGCGAGCUCCCCGCCCGCGACCUCCGCCUCCUCGACCCGCUCUUCGUCUACCCCUCCACCAUCCUCGGGAGGGAGCGCGCCAUCGUCGUCAACCUCGAGCAGAUCCGCUGCGUCAUCACCGCCGACGAGGUGCUCCUCCUCAACUCCCUCGACAGCUACGUCCUCCAGUACGCCGCCGAGCUGCAGCGCCGCCUCCUCCAGCGCGCCGAGGGCGACGAGCUCCCCUUCGAAUUCCGCGCGCUCGAGCUCGCCCUCGAGGCCGCCUGCUCCUUCCUCGACGCACAGGCAGCUGAAUUGGAAAUUGAAGCAUAUCCCUUGUUAGAUGAGCUGACAUCCAAAAUCAGUACACUGAAUUUGGAACGUGUACGGCGAUUAAAAAGUAGGCUAGUUGCUCUGACGAGAAGAGUCCAGAAGGUCAGGGAUGAAAUAGAGCAGCUAAUGGAUGACGACGGAGAUAUGGCCGAGAUGUAUCUCAGUGAGAAGAAGUUGAGAACGGAGGCAUCCUUCUAUGGCGAUCAGUCUAUGUUAGGCUACAAUUCAGUAGGUGAUGGGACAUCGUUUUCAGCUCCUGUAUCUCCUGUCUCGUCACCCACAGAAUCACGGAAGUUGGAGAAAGCUUUCAGCUUGUGUAGGAGUAGGCAUGACAGUGUGAAGAGCUCAGAUAACACAGCAACAGAACAUAUUCAAGAGCUGGAAAUGUUACUGGAAGCAUAUUUCGUUGUGAUUGACAGCACUCUCAACAAGCUAACAUCGCUGAAGGAGUACAUUGAUGACACUGAAGAUUUUAUCAACAUUCAGUUGGACAAUGUUCGGAACCAACUGAUCCAAUUCGAACUUUUACUCACAACUGCAACAUUUGUUGUCGCCAUUUUUGGAGUGGUUGCUGGGAUAUUUGGGAUGAACUUCGAGACCUCAGUUUUCAGCAUACAGAAUGCAUUCCAGUGGGUGCUCAUCAUCACUGGGGUGAUCGGCGCUUUCAUCUUCUGCGGAUUCCUAUGGUUCUUCAAGUACAAAAGGCUGAUGCCCCUGUAGAUGAUCAUAGCAUCCAUAGGACCAAUGAAUCAAACUCAAUUGUCGUCUACGCUGUUGAGGUACUUGAUCAGAAGCCUGAAUUUCUGCCCGAUGUAAAUUACCAUUCUUUUAGAAUUCUACAGCAUACCUACCAAAGAAAUUGAAUGAAAAACAAAAGUUUUCAUACCACGAGGCCUCUACUAAAAAGGGGUGAUAUUAUAGGAAAAAUAAGAUUUACUCAUUUAUCAUGGAAGAAAUUAUUUACUGCUUUACUAUUUCCUCUGUAAAAUCUGGGUCCAGUCUAUUACUACUGUAGUACCACUAGUAGUUUUUUAUUACUGCUACAAGAUAAAUUUCUUUCCUGAUAACGCCGAGAAGUAGCUGGAGGACUGACCUGACGCUGGCCCCUGCCACGUGGCGGUGACCGGUGUCCACGUGUCGCCCCCACGCUUGCCAUUCUGCCGCUUAACGUAGCCACGUCAAUAAAUCCAGCCGGCUGCAGCCUCUCUAGAACACAACCACACACACACCAACCAGCAGCAGCAAGCAGGUUAGCUGCUUAGGAGCAAUAGACACCGGAGGCCAGGGUCGCCGGCGAUCAUGUGGCCGGAGAAGAUGAGGGCUUGGGCAUCCAUGGCCGAGGACCCGCUGAAGCGCGCGUCGGCGGCAUCGUCGUCGUCGACGAGCCCGCUGCGGCGCUACAGCCCGGCCACGCUCGCCGCCGGCGGCCUCCUCGUCGGCGCCGUCGCCUACUUCAUGUUCAAGGGGAAGCAGGGCCAAGGAAGGCAAGGCGACCAACCGGUUCGCCGUCCUUAACUAGAAGGAGAUCGCUUAUAUCACCUAGCUUAUCUAGUAAUCGCUUGAAUAAUAAUCUCCUCUCCCUUUGCCUAGCGGUCGGCAUCCAUGUAUAAACCACUAUCUUUGUGCUUAGGUUUAUGUAUCCGUUUUAUCCAUGAACUGUCAAAGAACAUGAACAGAAGUCCUCUCUUUCCUGUCA